AAAAGACAAGCAUCUCCUGGACCAAAAACAUUUCUCAUCUUCUCUCUGAAGAGGAAGUAAAAUGUCUGCUGCAAUCCUUCCAUCUUCGUACUCACCUUCUGCUUCAAUCCUUCCAUCUUCGUACUCACCUUCUGCUUCAAUCCUACCUAAUAAAUUCACUUCGAAACCAUUCACUUCCUUCCCUGCGAAUUCUAAGAAACUGCGUCGCAGCUCUGCGACAUGUCGUAGACCUCCUGCUGCUGUUUCUUCUUCAAUCACAGAUUUCGAUCUCUAUGAUCUUCUGGGCAUCGAUAGCUCCUCCGAUCAAUCGCAUAUCAAAACUGCAUAUCGUACACUACAGAAGCGGUGCCACCCAGACAUCGCCGGCCCUACAGGACAUGACAUGGCUAUCAUUCUUAACGAAGUUUACUCUGUCCUAUCUGAUCCAAAUUCGCGUGCGGCUUACGACAAGGAACAGGCAAAGAUUGCAGAACUACGCGGGUAUACUGGGAAACCCAUUUAUUCAGUGUGGUUUGGAUCGAAAAGCGAAGAAAGAGCAGUUUUUGUGGAUGAGGUGAAGUGUGUUGGUUGCUUGAAAUGUGCAUUAUUUGCAGAGAACACCUUCGCCAUUGAAUCUGUUUAUGGAAGAGCAAGAGUUGUUGCACAGUGGGCUGAUCCUGAGCACAAAAUUCAAGCUGCCAUUGAUACAUGUCCAGUUGAUUGUAUCUCGAUGGUGGAAAGGUCAGAGUUAGCAGCACUAGAGUUCCUAAUGUCCAAGCAACCAAGAGGUAACGUGCGAGUUGGUGCAGGCAACUCAGUGGGAGCACGCGUCUCAAACAUAUUUGUUGAUGUGAAAAAGUUCCAAACCAGAGUUGUUGAUGCCAGGAACAGGGCAGAUGCCGAAAGCUCAAAGGAAACAGAUCUCCAAAGAGAAGCAAGAAUAUCAGCUAUUCAAACAAUCAGAUCAAUCUCAAAUUGGUUAUAUUGGCAAUCGCCAAAAUCAGGACCCCCAUCAAAGCAUCACCAAAAUUUCCCACAGAUUGCCCAAAAUGUGAUCGAACCAAACAUUAACAAGCUCCGGGCAGCCGCUGCAGCCAGAAAGCAUGCAACCCAAAGCACAAUAUCUGCUUGUCGAGCACCAUCUAAUUACCUAUAUCAUGACGAGUACUGGAUUCCAUCAGCCGCAGCACUUCCUGCCUCAGCCAGUAAGACCGGCUCUAGUGCUAUCUCAGAGGCUUCGACACAUAUUGAAGAGCCAAAAGAUCUUGAUGAGAAAGAUUAUAGGACAGGAGAUAACCAGAGGACUCCCCUAAGAUGGGGAGUUCCAAUGGUGACUGCGACAAUUGCAGCAAUCAUAGUAAGAGACCAAGCUGUUGUCAGUUUGAAUGAACAUAUAGGUGGUGCUUUGGCAUUGGAGAUUGUUAAUAGCUCUUGGUUACACUCUAUGUUAGCAGGGAUGACAUGGUACAUCAUUGGUUUGGGAAUGAUAGAGCUAGUAGAAGCCAUUAGGAAAAAGUCAUAACAAACAAAUAAAAGAAGAUGCUUCAUGCAUUGAAGUGAUACUUGAUGUAAAGCAUACUCGUGACAAGCUAGUAUUUGAUUGUCUGUAAUAAAUUAGCAAUAAUGAUAUGUAUUAUUUUCAC